GCUUUCAAAUUUUGCAGAGCUGAAUUUCAUCGGGAUUCUCAUUCCCUUCCCAUUCUCCAUCAAGUGAGGGAAGAGAAGAAGUUUCUUCCUCCAGAAAUAAAGAAAAAGUAACGAAAGAAGUUUUGGAAUCCUCGUUGCCUUCAAGGUGUUCGUUAAAAUGCCCCAAUCAGUUUAUUGGCAUCAAACUUCUUUGAUUUCCUCAUUCGCUCAAAUUUCGGCGCCUACCCUUUUUACCUUCCCAUGUCAGCCUUCGACCCACCUUAUCCUUUACGGAUUCUCUCUCUCUCUCUCUCUUCCUCUCGAAGUGGGCAUUCCUUUAGAUUUAUUAUAUAAUUUAUUACAUUGCUUUAUCUUGCUAUUUUUUUAUGCAGGAAAAUUGCCAGAUCGAGAUGCAGAAGGUGGAUAUAAAUCUGGGGUCACCAUUCUUGACAUUUCCUUUUUGGGGGAUAUUGAAACAACAACCAAACAACCCUUCUUUCCCUUUUAAGAAGCUCUUCCGUCGCCUUCCUUCCCUAUCCAUAUGAGAGCUUUCAUGGAAGUCUCAGCUGAUGAUCGUCUUGAUUUUGGGAAGAUGGGCUAUGGAUGCCAGCAUUACCGUAGGAGAUGUAAGAUUCGAGCCCCUUGCUGCAAUGAAAUCUACCCCUGUCGCCAUUGUCAUAACGAAGCUACGAGUGUGAUGAGCAGACUUUCUGAUCGUCAUGAACUCAAUCGUUUUGACGUUAAACAAGUCGUCUGUGCAGUCUGUGACACGGAGCAGCCAGUUGCUCGAGUUUGCACGAAUUGUGGUGUUAAUAUGGGGGAGUACUUCUGUGAAAUAUGCAAAUUCUAUGAUGAUGAUAUUGAGAAGGGGCAGUUCCAUUGUGAGGAUUGUGGAAUUUGUAGGGUUGGCAGUCGAGAAAAGUAUUUUCAUUGCAAGAAGUGUGGAUCGUGUUACCAUGUAAAUUUGCGUGACAAUCAUUCCUGCAUCGAGAACUCUAUGCAGCACCAUUGUCCAAUUUGUUAUGAGUACCUUUUUGACACGCUGAAAGAUGUUUCUGUUAUGAAAUGCGGACAUACGAUGCACCUUGAAUGUUACUCUGAGAUGAUAAAUCGUGAUAAAUACUGUUGUCCGAUUUGCUCGAAGUCAGUUGUCGACAUGUCCAAAGCAUGGAAACAAUUGGAUGAGGAGAUUGAAGCAACAGUCAUGCCAGAGGAAUAUCGUCACAAAAAGGUUUGGAUUUUGUGCAAUGACUGCAACGACACGACAGAAGUUUACUUUCACAUAAUUGGGCAGAAAUGCUGCCACUGCCAAUCGUACAACACGCGCGCCAUUGCUCCUCCAGUUCUUCCACAGUGAUUGAUUCUUAUGUCUCCAAAAGAAGUAGCAUCUCAAAGUGAGAUGUUAAGGGGGUUUGGUUGGCUUCUGUAUCAGUUAUUCUUCAUUAAUGUAACUUCAAAGAUUGCAUUUAUGAUUCCAGGAGUGAAUUGGGGAAUUCAGUUGUGGAAUCUUUGAAACUGUUCUUUUUUUUCAGGUUAUUCUUCCUCCAUUUUUGGUGGAGUCUUAAAGAAAAACCCAGGUAUGAAAGAAUGCAUGGGUGAAUGAAUUUGUAAGCAUAUUACAUUUAAAAAUACCAACUUAAGUGAAUACCUUUACUAUUUCUCCUUAUA